AUACCUUCUCACUCCUGGAUUUGGGUUCUUCCCUUUUUUUGGGUGCCUUCCUCAAACAUUUCCCCCCAGCUCGGGUCAGUCUCCUGUCCCCAAAAGCGUGAUGCCCAAACCUGGGCUAAGAACCCCUCCCCGACUUCAGAGCCCCCCCUUUUCAGGAUCUGUACUCCUCCUCCUCUUUGCCGCCUUCUUGGCAUGCCCAGGUGCUGCUGGAAGGAGCCGCACUCUUGCCCUCGUGCCUUCGCUCAGCAGCGUGGCCUUCCGGAGCCCAGAACCCCUCACGGUCCCUGCUGUUUUUAUCCUCUUUCCUGCAGCAUCCCGCUCCUGGCAGCGGGGCCAUCCUUUUGGGGCAGGCGUCUGGGGUCCUGCUCGGCAGAAUGGGCAGGGAGGACCCCCAGGUGGAGAGGCCAGGCCGCCUGGCUGCAUCGCACGUCAUCCUGGAGCGUGCCCCCCACUCCUUCCAAUCCCAGGACGACCACAAAACCUAGCGUCUUCGAUAGAUGCCCAGACAUGCUGCCUGGUCCACUCGGGAGGCCGGGAGGGCCAGGCUUAGAAAGAGGGAGCUGUUUUGCUUCAGCGCCGCCUUUGCACCAGCGGAAGGGGCCUGGGCCUUUUCCAGGACUCUUUUCCCUAAAUACCCUCGUAUUCCCAGCGUGUUUUGCCACUUGGGCGUUCCUAGACAGUGUGCAACUAUGCUGAGCUGUGUGGGGUGUUGCUGAAAUGCCAGCUCAUUGCUCUCCCUCGCUGUCUCUUGGCAAGUCCCCAAAUCUUGGAGGGAGCAACGCCCAAAAAGUUUUUGUGUACACAUCUCCCUCCUUCCCCCAUUCCGGCUGCUGCCUCUUUCCCAGAUGGGUGGCUUUUUAUCUUGUUCCAGGGACUGGGAGAAACUGGUGGGUGCCGUGCCAGCCUGGGAACUGGUUUUCAUUCCCGUCCACCCCCACAUCUGGAAUAUGCAAACUGAGGGAGUGGGAGACUGUCCCAGGGCUUGUGCAGAGUGCUUCGGGACGGGAUAAAAAGCCUGGAAACAAUGCCAAGUGUGUUGUGUCUGUGUCUUAUUUCCCUCUGGAAAGAUGUGUGUUUGUUUUGGUGUGGUUUUGAGAGCUAAAAGAUCCACUGGCAAUUUAGUGACAGCCUGGAAGGAAAAAAGCAAAGGAACUGCCCCUCCUUUUUCGUCAGCCAUGCCAGAAAAAGCGUAUUCAGAGCUCUGACCGUGUUUGUGUGAAGGAAAGCACUAUUUUGGGUUUUCUGUUUUUCUGCUUUUUGUAAUUUCCUAGAAGGGAGUUCUCCGGUAGCUUCCUGUCUGUGUGAUCGUAGAGACAAUGCAUCCGUACUGGUUUGCCCCCCACCCUUUCCAGCUUAUUUUUCUUUUGCCACAUGGAUAGCGGAUGGGCUUGUUCCUGAGAGGAGUCUGUUGGCAUGCAGCAGGUCUCUUGGUUGCCUAGGGUGAGCGUGAAUUCAGUCUAGGUGACUAGAUAGGGACGCUUUCUCACGCAGGACUACAAAGGAGCUCUGUCUCUUGUUUUAAAACCGUAAUUUCGAAUCUGAACCUGCCCGCUGCAGAACCCCAUCACCAGUGUGGUGGCUACUGGGCUCUAAGUUUGGAUAAGCCAAGACCUGAGUCUUACUGAUCGCUUCCUGCUUGUUUUGAGCCAGUGUCUAAGAUUUGCAGUCUAGGUCAAAAUAGACAUUUUCUAGAGAGCUGAUCUAUUUUGCUUGUUCUUUCCACUGAGGAGUCGCCAGGGUACUUGGCUACAGCUGCAGAGGAGAGUCUGGCCGCCGUGGGCUACCACUCCCAUCAGCCCCAGCACAUAAAGACUCGUGAGAGUUAGAAUCUAACUCCUGUGGCUUACUAAGUUUGUAGGAGGCACAAGGCCAAAUAUUGUGGUUAGACUGUUGGAUUUUAAUGGGAGAGAUGUGGGUUCGAAUUCCGACUUUGAGGCAUAGCUGUCUAGCUGAUUGUGCCAGUAUCCUAUUUCACCGCCUAGCCUUCCUUUUAAGCUUGCUGUGGGGAUAAAAGAUUCUAUUUCAUGAAUCUGAGUUUUGUGAACAGCCCAGAAAGGUGAGGGUGAGGAAGAACAAAUUGGCCAGACUGGCUAAGCAUCCUAAUUGGAGCUCUCUAAAGGGGUAAAAUUUAAUUUAAACAACCCUUACUUCAUCUCCAGCUUAAAUAACUAGUUUGGGGCUUCACCUCUGGGUGAUCUGAAGGAAGGACACCAGAUCUGACGCCAGUCUUGAUUUUAAAAAAUGAGGUUUCUUUUUUAUGGGGGCCACCCUGGCAAAGACCUUGCCUUGUGCCUCUGCCAUCCUGGCUUUGCUUUGCAAAAAGACUCUUGCAUGGGGUUCUUGCAGAUCCUGGAGGGCAAGUGGGUUUGUAGGAGCCCUGGAGUAUAAAGGGUGGCCCCUCAGCCAAACAGAAAGAAGGCAGGCGGCUCCAAAUCCCGUCCCAACAAUACAGAUUUCCCAGCACCAUUUCUCUUUUGAAAACAACUUUCCAGCGGUCUGCUCCAAUCUGGGGCCUGACCGUUGGCUGUGCUGGCUAGGGAUGAUGGGACCUGGAGUAUACAGGUCUGGGGGCACCAGGUUAGCGAAGACUGCUUCGGGGUGGGGGGGCUGUCCGUGCAGAGAGGUUCUCUUCUGGCCGUUCCUGGUCGGUCCUUCGCCUCUUCCGCACCACCCUGUUUCUUCUGCAUUGUUUUGGGGUGCUUUGGGGGGCACAUCUUCCUGAGGGGGGGCUCAUUUCAGUUGGGAGCAUCGCGGGGCUUUUGUUCCAGCUGCCACCGCAGGGCACGCAGUGGAAGCUCCUCUCCCGGAAGUCCUUUGCAGGAAAGGUGUCUGGCUGCUGCGAGGUUUCGCUUUCUUCUUUUUCUUGAAGUGGUUGCGGUCUUCCUUCCUCGCGAAAAGCUGCCUUGGGGUGUCUCCCCCACCAGUGGGCGGGCCUUUCAGCACAGCAGCUGUGGCACCUGGGGAUCCUGCACAAACCGCAUCUGCACCUCCCAGUUGCUGGCAAAUGCCAUGGAAUGUUGUACUAAGACGCACCCCCCAGAGGAGGAAAGGCGGGUGAAGGCGAACGCGCGGGAAUAUAACGAGAAGUUUCAAUACGCGAGCAACUGCAUCAAGACGUCCAAGUACAAUGUGGUCACAUUCCUUCCCAUCAACCUCUUCGAGCAGUUCCAGGAAGUGGCCAACACAUACUUCUUCUUCCUCCUCAUUCUCCAGCUGAUCCCACAAAUUUCAUCCCUUUCAUGGUUCACCACCAUAGUGCCUUUGGUUCUUGUGCUUACCAUCACGGCGGUCAAGGAUGCCACCGACGACUACUUCCGUCACAAGAGUGAUAAUCAAGUCAACAGCCGUCAGUCUCAAGUGCUCAUCAACGGCAUCCUCCAGCAGGAACAGUGGAUGAAUGUUCGUGUCGGGGAUAUCAUCAAGUUGGAGAACAACCAGUUUGUGGCAGCUGACCUGCUUCUUCUGUCCAGCAGCGAACCACAUGGGCUGUGCUACAUCGAGACGGCAGAAUUGGAUGGGGAGACCAACAUGAAGGUGCGGCAGGCCAUCCCAGUGACCUCGGAGCUGAAUGACACCAGCAGGCUCGCCCAUUUCGAUGGGGAGGUGGUGUGCGAGCUGCCCAACAACAAGCUGGACAAAUUCAGUGGGACGCUGUAUUGGAAGGACAACAAAUACCCCCUGAGCAACCAGAACAUGCUUCUGCGUGGCUGCGUCCUUCGCAAUACGGAGUGGUGUUUCGGCCUGGUCAUCUUCGCUGGCCCGGACACCAAAUUGAUGCAGAACAGUGGGCACACUAAAUUCAAGAGGACGAGCAUCGAUCGCUUAAUGAAUACGCUGGUGCUUUGGAUCUUUGGCUUUCUGGUGUGCAUGGGCGUGAUCUUGGCCAUUGGCAACUCCAUCUGGGAACACGAAGUGGGCGCCUGCUUCCAAAUUUACCUGCCCUGGGACGAGGCGGUCGACAGUGCCUUUUUCUCUGGCUUCCUCUCCUUCUGGUCCUACAUCAUCAUCCUCAACACCGUCGUCCCCAUCUCACUUUACGUCAGCGUGGAGGUGAUCCGUCUCGGGCACAGCUACUUCAUCAACUGGGACAAGAAGAUGUACUGCGCCAAGCGCUGCACGCCGGCCGAGGCCCGGACUACCACGCUGAACGAGGAGCUGGGGCAGGUGGAGUACAUUUUCUCCGACAAGACUGGCACCCUCACCCAGAACAUCAUGGUCUUCAGCAAGUGCUCCGUCAACGGGCGCAGCUACGGUGAUGUUUUGGAUGUCCCGGGUUACAAGGCUGAGCUCGGAGAGCGGACGGAACCGGUGGACUUCUCCUUCAACCCUCUGGCCGACCCUGUGUUCACCUUCUGGGACUCAGGCCUGCUGGAAGCGGUCAAGCUGGGCGACCCUCACGUGCACGAAUUCUUCCGCCUGCUCUCUCUCUGCCACACAGUCAUGUCCGAGGAAAAGAGCCCAGGGGAGCUGUAUUACAAGGCCCAGUCGCCCGAUGAGGGAGCGCUGGUCACAGCCGCCCGCAGCUUCGGCUUUGUCUUCCGGGGGCGCACCCCCAAGACGAUCACGGUGCAAGAGCUGGGGCGGCCCGUGACCUACCAUCUCCUCGCCAUCUUGGACUUCAACAACGUCCGCAAGCGCAUGUCGGUCAUUGUGCGGAACCACGAGGGGCAGAUCCGACUUUACUGCAAAGGAGCCGACACCAUCCUGCUGGAGAAGCUUCACCCAGGCAACCAGGAGCUGUAUAAUACCACCACCGACCACCUGAAUGAGUACGCCGGAGAAGGUUUGCGUACCUUGGUGCUGGCGUACCGUGACCUGGAGGAGAGCUACUACGUGGGCUGGGCCGAGCGCCUGCAGCGGGCCAGCACCGCGAGCGAGGGCCGCGAGGAACGGCUGGCUCGGCUUUACGAGGAAGUGGAGAACGACAUGAUGCUGCUGGGAGCUACGGCCAUCGAAGACAAGCUGCAGCAGGGAGUUCCGGAAACCAUCGCCCUGCUCACGCUGGCAAACAUCAAAAUCUGGGUGUUGACCGGAGACAAGCAAGAGACGGCGGUGAACAUUGGCUACUCCUGCAAGAUGCUCACGGACGAGAUGACGGAAGUGUUCAUCAUCACGGGCCACACCGUCCUGGAGGUUCGACAGGAGCUGCGGAAAGCUCGGGAGAAACUGAUGGAUUCUUCAAGGACCAUGGGGAAUGGCUUCACCUACCAAGAGAAGUUCUCCGCCUCGAACCUGACAUCCAUGCUGGAAGCCGUGGCGGGCGAAUACGCCUUAGUUAUCAAUGGUCAUAGUCUGGCACAUGCCUUGGAGGCCGACAUGGAGCUGGAGUUUCUAGAGACGGCCUGUGCCUGCAAAGCCGUCAUCUGCUGCCGCGUCACCCCCUUGCAGAAGGCGCAAGUGGUGGAGCUGGUGAAGAAGUACAAGAAGGCCGUCACGCUGGCGAUCGGGGACGGGGCCAACGACGUCAGCAUGAUCAAAACGGCCCACAUCGGGGUCGGCAUCAGCGGCCAAGAAGGCAUCCAGGCGGUGCUGGCGUCCGAUUACUCCUUCUCGCAGUUCAAGUUCCUGCAGCGCCUUCUGCUGGUCCACGGCCGCUGGUCCUACCUGCGCAUGUGCAAGUUCCUUUGCUACUUCUUCUACAAGAACUUUGCCUUCACCAUGGUGCACUUCUGGUUCGGCUUCUUCUGCGGCUUCUCCGCUCAGACUGUGUAUGAUCAGUACUUCAUCACACUGUACAACAUUGUCUAUACCUCGCUGCCUGUGCUCGCCAUGGGUGUCUUCGACCAGGAUGUGCCUGAGCAUCGUAGCCUGGAGUACCCCAAGCUGUACGAACCUGGGCAGCUGAACCUUCUCUUCAACAAGCGGGAGUUUUUCAUCUGCAUCGCUCAGGGCAUCUACACCUCUGUCUUCAUGUUCUUCAUCCCCUACGGCGUCUUCAGCGACAACACCCACCUGUCCGACUACCAGUCCUUUGCCGUCACUGUCGCCACCUCUCUUGUUAUUGUCGUCAGCGUGCAGAUUGGCCUGGACACCGGAUUCUGGACGGCCAUCAACCAUUUCUUCAUCUGGGGCAGCUUGGCUGUUUACUUCGCCAUCCUCUUCGCCAUGCACAGCGACGGCCUCUUCCAGCUCUUUCCCAACCAGUUCCGUUUUGUUGGUAACGCCCAGAACACACUCGCCCAGCCCGACGUGUGGCUCACCAUCGCCCUCACCACGGUGGUGUGCAUCAUGCCCGUGGUCGCCUUCCGUUUCCUCAAGUUGGACUUGAAGCCCGAGCUCUCGGACACGGUACGCUACACUCAGCUGGUGCGGAAGAAGCAGAAGACGCAGCACCGGUGCAUGGGCCGGGUGGGCCGCGUGGGCUCGAGGCGCUCGGGCUACGCCUUCUCCCACCAGGAGGGCUUUGGCGAGCUCAUCAUGUCCGGGAAGAACAUGCGCCUCAGCUCCCUGGCCCUGUCCAGCUUCACCGGCCGGACCAGCACAAGCUGGAUCGAGACCCUGCGGAAGAAGAAGGGCAGCGGCGGAGGCGACAGCGGCAGCAGCGUCGCCAGCAGCCCCAGCGGCGGUGGGCCGGAGAAGACGCUCAAGGUGUGAGGAAGAGGAGGGACGGUCCUGGACGGAUGGACGGGCAGACACCCGGCGGACAGACGUGCCUCCUGGAAGAAGGGGCAGUCUCAGGGCAGAAAUGGCCCGCUGUCCCCCGGAUGCGGUGGUGGAGAUGCGGGACCUACUAAAGGGGUCAGCGAGGGGCGCGAGGCCAUGUAACCAAAACACGGCCCCCAUAUCUGGCUCCCGGGGCGGCUUGGCCACAGGCUGGCUGGAACAGGCAUGGCGCAACCUCCGAAUUUCUCAGCCCCCCAGGAAACCCCCAGAUGGGGACGCCGCCCAGAACUGUUCUGCAAAGGGGGCACUUUUACAGACAAACGUCAAAGCCCAGUAAUAAUCCACCUGCCUCAGCAGCACAAAGCCUUCCCCCGAAACCGCGCACGAAUGUAUCCCGGCAGUUGCGCCAGAAGGUGGGGUGUAUGGUGCAUUGCAGGCCGGCGCUUCACUCGGAGACGGCGGAGAGGGAGGGAGCGGCCCUCCCCUGUUCUCGCCCGUCUCCGCCUCUCCGCCACGAUGGACACGUGUCUUUUUUUAUAUACAUAUAUAGGAAAAAAACUAAAAACAGCAACUACCAAGCAAAGAAAGACUUGAUAUUUUUCUUCUAUUUCCCGCUGGCACUGGGUGUUCUCGGUGGGUGCCUCUUGGAUCAGUGAGCGACGGAAAUCAAGGAGCCGGAUGGAUAACGGCACGGAUCGGAUGACCUCAGGGCCUGCGGAAGCAGCCUCGCACUGGCCUCCCCUAGGACGAAUUUCGCUUCCAACGCCUGGGAGACGGAGACGGGAGAACGCCUGCUCUGCUCAGAUGCCCGGCUGUUCGGCACACGGAUCCCAUUUUUGUUGGUCCAAAUGGAGGUGGAGAGGGAGCAGACCCUUUGGAGGUCCACCAGAAUCCUUCCCCCACCCCUCCGAGAAGGACCCAAGGUCUGCCCCUUCCUGUGCCCAUUCCCAAGGGUUGGUUCCCUGGGACUGUUUCCUGCGGUGGCGGGAGGAGGAGAUGAGAGAUUUUAUUUUUGUAUAACGUCGGACUUCAGCUUCUAAGGAGCUUCCUCCUUUUACUUCCCCGGUUACAGCCCAUACCCCGAAGCAUUGCAUCAGUGGGGCAGAUGGCCUCCAAGCUCAAAGUAGGGACAGAUCUCUCUGUUUGCCCGCUCUCCGUUUCCCGCUUUUCCCAGUCUUGCCUCCCAAACUUGUGAGGCUUUUCCGUUUUCCUUACAAUUCAUUUCCAAAUUCAUCAGUAUUUUUGCCCGUGAUGCUUCCUUUUGUACGCACGUUUCCGAAUUUCAUGUGUUGUCGAAAGUCAUUUUCCUUCUGCACAUUUCUGUGGAAGCUUCUUGACUGGAAAAUUCUCUUGCAAACUGCAAGAUAACUGCAUUUUGCUCUGCAGAGGUGUUUGGAGGGGCGAAAUUCAGUCAGAGGUGCAUUGCAGGCAGAACGGAACAAAUUUCUCCCCCAUCCUUUGCUCAGGACAGUUGUUCAGGAGCGAGGGUGUGCCCCGCUUUGGAUGUGUGAGGCUAGUGCUUUGGGGGAGAUGGCAGCUCUCCUUUGCUCCGGGCCCGAUCCACGUGUCUGCUGGGAAGCUUCAGCUCUGACCAGGCCGCCCUCGACGGGCACCAGCUCCCAUCCACCUCCCAAGCCUUACGAGGGUGGGCCGCACGCCCCGGCUGCUUCCUGUUACCACGUCUGACUCAACCAACACUGUCUCGCAGCGGUCUCCUUUCACUUGCAGGCUUCCUCUGGAGCCGGCGGCCUAAGGACCAGGACUCCCAGCCGCCUCUUGAUGGCAUUCCUGCUGGCCCAGCCGGAUGAGGGGCCAUAGCCCCUCGGUUCACUGUCCCACAGUGCCUCUGGCUUGGCGUCGCCCCGGAGCAUUGUGGGCAAUCCCAAAGCUAGCUCAUCCCCCCAGCCGCCUCCCCUAGGCAGCCUACCCGAGAACAAGGGCUCCCUGGCAGAGCAUGGUUUGCCCCGCACCCCCCAGCCGGCCCCCGUGCCUUGGAGGGCCGCUUGGCCCCACAUCGCAAGGGCCCCUGUCGGAAGCCGCCUCUCCAGGGGGCAGGAGCCUGCACCGCAGCCUCUCCUCGCCGUGGCUUCCCCUCCCAGCACCCCGAACCGGGUGGGCGCUUGGACCGAUGCUGCGUGGCGGCCCGUGGGAUCCCCUCCCGUCCCCCUCCAAGCCCUUCCUUGGCUGUGCGCCCGCGGGCUCACCCCACCCGUCCCCCGGACAGCCCGGACGGGUCUCCGCAGGGCCACGCUUCCGCCCUGAGCCUCGCCCGAGACUGAACCCGAUACCAAAGAGGAAAAGUUCGCUGGAGGGGGUCCCGGCGUGCCGCCGCCGGUCUCCCCUGGGGCCGGGCGAGAGGAGCGGAGCGCAGGGACCGCCGUGCCGGCCAGGGACCGAGAACAUUCCGCAUAAUUUAUUACGCAUUUCUAUACUUGGCAGAAUUGUAUCAUUUUAUGGGUAUAAAGAGAAAUUGCAUUUUCUUAAAAAAAACAAA